AUGUCUAUAGAGGAGACAGUCAAGAAAGCUACUGACCAGAUCUUAGAUCUGUGUCGAGUGCACAACUCAUAUCCCAUGUGGACAGUCACAGAUAAGGUGUCCAAGCUAAGCCCGAACCCUCGCGCCAAGCCUGUCAAAUGGUCAUGGAACGACAUGCGGAAGAUCCUGAUGGACACAGCCGCCAUCGUCCCCGAGUCCAUGGCAGAGCGCAGGGCCAUGAUGAUGGUCAAUCCUGGAAUCCCGAGCGGCGGUGGCCCUUCCCCAUACACAACUGACACGCUGUACGCCGGAUUCCAAACCGUUCUCCCGGGAGAGACAGCGCCGGCGCACAGGCACAUGGCCUACGCUGUUCGACUCAUUCUCGAAUCUGAGAAAGGAUUCACUUCUGUUGCAGGCCACAAAAUCUAUCUAGAGCCUGGUGAUCUAGUCUUGACGCCUUCGUGGCAGUGGCAUUAUCAUGGCAACGAUGGCAGCAAGCCGACCAUCUGGGUGGAUUGCCUGGAUAUCCCGGUCCAUGUGUUUGGCCGCAUAAACUUUCUUGAGUUGUACGAGGCGCCCAAGGUCCCUGAUCUGGUAACGGAGGGUAGUCCAUUCCACUUCAAAUGGACGACAGCCUUGGAAGCAUUGCAGAGCCAAGACAAACCUCACAUGGUUUAUAACUAUCAAACAAAUGGCAAUCACUUCUCGAAAACCAUUUCCGCUCAGGCUGAGAGGAUUCAGAAGGGGUAUAGCACACCACCGUUUCAGGAAACCUGUUCAUUUAUAUAUGUUGUGAACAGCGGAAGCGGUAGCACCAAGAUUAAGACACCUUCUGAGGAGAUCACCGUUGAUUGGCAGGAGAAGGAUGUCUUCGUUGUUCCUGCAUGGUCAUGGGUGGAGCACAGGGCUGGGGAUGCUGCAGAUGCAUACCUGUGCGCGUUGACGGACAGGGCUCUGAAUGAGAAUCUAGGCUUGUACAGAAAAACGUAUCCUAGCAAAAAGUAG